UCUGAAUCUUAUACCGAACAUAAAAAUAUUGUAGUUACAAUAUGUCAAAGAAAGAUAAUGCUUACAAUAUGCCUAUGAAAGUAACAGUUACAAUAUGUCAAAGAAAAUGACAGUUACAGUAUGAUGAAAAAUAUGAAAGUUAGAGCAUGGUGAUAAAAGAUGGCAUUGAAGUUGAAAUGAAAUCGACAAUGUUUGUAAGUUGCCAUGUUGCUAAAAAAGUAUCUCUUGCAGCACCUGAAAGAGACUUCUUGCUCGGGCACCGUUGGUGUAAACAGAAUGGCCAUGCUACAAUCAAAUUGAUUUCAAUUUCCUUCAUUUAGGAAGCAUGCUGUAAAAUGAAUAAGAGAAGGAUAAAUGGAACAUUUAAUUGUAAUGUAAUUACACUUGUGCUAGAUCAAAUUUCAUUAAUAGUGAAUAGCUUCAUUAAGAACGAGUCGGAACCUUGCGAUAAAAGAUGCAGAAAAAUCGAUCUUUUCGAUCAACACUUUCCAUUUAUGUUGUUGCAUACAUUGAAGAACUCUCAACGCUUUCCAAAGAACAUCUUUGAAGAAGAUCAGAUUUUGUUGACCCGAGCAAAACGUCUGGCAGAUGAUAUUUAACUCGAAGCAGUAGCGAAUAAACAUUAGCGCAUUUUAAACGUUAAGGCACCAUCUUGAACACGGAAAAUGAAGUGGCUAUCGGUAGAAAACCAAAAGCUCGUUUUACUGCGAUUUAUUGAGACAGAAUUCAUUAAGCAGGUUUUUAAGCUAUUCUAGCAAAAUUGCGACACAGUUGUAUCUAAUUCAGCUCUUUGACGACAUAAAUUAUUCGGAAUUUGCGUUGACCGAGGUCCCAUAGAGCGAGCAUGUGGCCAUGUUUGGUUAACCACAUAGCUGCAUUGUCUGCCUUCUGCUCUCCUGUUUCAUCCCUAUCCUCUUAUCCGACAUUAAAUAUUCAUCAAGCUUCACAUUUUGCAUCGAUAUACAUGUCUUUAGCCAUGACAUCGUAUUCAACUUGUUGCGCCCAGUGUCAGGAAGAGUCACUAGCGCCACCAGUUCUUCCGACAGAUCAAAUGUGUAGCUUUAAUUAGCUCGUUAACUGCCAAUUACUAGCAUCAUGACCAUGAGAUGAUAAUUCACCGCGCCUAUGGCUUCAAAUCCCAGCUGAAUUUCAAAUCCCAGCUGAAUUUCUUCUGGUGAUUUCCGCUAGGAAAAUGAAGCUGUCUCUUUUCUAAUUUGAGGUAUUUGAGACAAAAGAUACCUUUGAGACUAAAUGGACUUGGAAAACUAGAUAUGGCCUUGUAAUACACUUAAAAGAGUGCCACUGCGGUGGAGGGUGGAGGUAGGGGUGUAAUGUGGCAUUCUGCAAGAAAUUAGAAAUUGACAGGGAAAUACAAUUUGUUUUGAUAUAAAAAAUGUUGUUGCACGAGUUGUGAUUUUUAGCAACUAAUGUGAAGAAAGAGCAGUGUAGCGAAAAAGCAUUAGUACACUUGAGAUUUUUUCAGCUCUGCCACGCCAUUUUUGUUACCGUAAAGACAAUACGACUAGCCAUUCUUCCAAUGUAACUUAGUGGUGCAAUAUAGUGCUUGCUCUUGGCUUCUUUCGUCUUGCGUUUCAUUCUAAUCUAUCAUCAGUAAGCGGUAGUAUUUUUUGACAGAGCAUUCACUCUAAACAAAAUUUGAUGCACCCAAAACACAGUACUCUGAUUUCUAGGAUAAAAAGAAGAUUCGAGGGGUGGUGCUGGUUGGAAUGAACUGAGCGGCCAUGGCCAAAUCCGAAAAUUGAUAAAUGGGGAGAUUGGUUGACGAACAGCAAGAUCUACGUCUAAAACAUUUGUAGACUAACUACUGACUUCCCGAUGACUUCCAACCAUAACAGUUUCAAAUUAACAAUGAUAAAAAUUUACCUCUAUGCAUCCUGAUUUUUAUUCGGGUGUUUUCGCGGAAUAAGUGUAGUUGAAAUUAGAAGCAGAGUAGCUAUCAUGACAUCAUAGUAGCUAGCAACAGAGACCGUGGAAGCUGGGGGGGGGGGCUGAAGGGGCUGAGGGUGUUAUAGCUCCCCCCGAUAAGAAGUACUAAAAUGUACUUAAAACCAAACCAUUCAAAAAAAUUUACCCUGCUCUUAAUUUUAGCAUAUUAAGCCCCCUCAAAACAUUCAAGCCACCUUAAUCCGUAACAUGCUCCGCGGUCCUUAAAGAAUCGCCAUUGUAAAUCGGGCCAAUCAAUGCUGACCUAUUUCAUCAUUUCCGGUAGACCCCUUAUGACCUGCAUGUCCGAAAGCUUCAAGUCAAUUAGCGUUAAUUCCAACGUGCAUAACUAUUUUACGUGGGCUUAAUUUUCUUGGCAAAUGUCAUUAUCCCAUGUUCUUUGGUCCUUAGCGUGCAUCUUUCAUAAUUGUCAUUUAGGUUUCGGUCUAAAAUGAACAGGGAAAGUUGGCUGUGCUGCAAAGAGACGCGUGGCUUUAGCAAGAUCUAGCGAUAAAGAAAAUGGCCUUGAAUGGAAACUUUCGUCGGCAGAAGAGUCAUGCCUGGCUGAAGAGGAGCAUUUUGCUGAUCGCAACCUUCCUUCUGUGCACGAAGUUUUUCGCAAAAAAGUCAUUCAUACAGUCAGAAAAAGUUGACUCUAAAAACUGGCUCGACAAUAGUGUUGUCUCAAGGAAACUGCUGAGCACAGUGGAGUGGGAAAAGUGCGAUUAUGAGCUGGGAUUUGCGAGGAACUACUCGAAGCCGACGAGUGAGUGGCAUUCUCCAAGCACGGCCUACCUGUGGAUUGGUCUUUACGUCUUCCUGAUCUUCGCCGUGUUUGUAGCUCUGGCGAUUGUUUGCGAUGAUUUCUUUGUGCCUUCGCUGGAGGUGAUCAGUGAAAAGCUGGACUUGUCCGAAGAUGUCGCUGGGGCAACAUUCAUGGCCGCGGGCUCCUCCGCACCGGAACUAUUCACUUCAAUAGCAGGUGUAACUGUUGAAAGCGAUGUUGGUGUUGGCACUAUCGUGGGGAGCGCAGUAUUUAAUCUUCUUGGGAUAGUCGCUCUCUCAGCUGCUUUUGCAGGCAAGACUUUGUGUCUUGACUGGCGGCCCUUGGCAAGGGAUUCGACCUUCUACGCGCUGUCAAUUGUCCUUUUCAUUAUGUUCGCUUGGGAUGGGAAAUUUUACUUAUACGAAAGCAUCAUAAUGCUGUCUCUAUAUAUACUAUACAUUUCAAUAAUGAAAGUCAACUAUAAACUGAUGGAGUUGUUGGCCAAAUGCAGCCGAAAAGCUCCCAUCCACCCAUCUCACGGAGAAGGUAAAGAAACCACUUUGGCAUUUAGCCACAGUGAAAAGGCAAAUGCUGAGGACUUCACGAAUUGCGUGUCUCCUACAAGAAGCACGGAACAACACGAACACACGCGCAAUGCGCUUGGUGAAAGAUCAGAAACCGCGUCUCCAGUUGAAUCAUCGCGAAGGUUCUCGCAUUUGAAACGUGGCGAAUUGACACACACGAUAAUUGGCGCUCACGAUGGUGUGGGAAGACGCCCAUCUUUUAUAUCAGAAUCGCAUGAAGACAGGCGCACUGGAUCUCUCCUCCACAGCGAAAACAGCAUUGAUAUAAAGGAAAAGGAAAACUUGGAUCUGAGCUGUACGCGUUCAACAGAACCAAUAACAAACGGAUCAUUUCAAUCUAAAUGUGAUCCUAAAGACUUGGAAGAGAGUAAAAGUGAUGCAAAGGAAGAUGAAAACGAGGAGGGAAUAAAAGUCUGCUCGUGCUUUCCGCCAAUCAAGACCGAGAUACCAUCGCGAGAUGAAGGGAAACGAGGCUGUAUAUCUCUCAUUAAAAUUAUCCUUCAUUGGAUUCUUUUCCUAGUUUCAUUUCCAUUUGUAGUCGGUUUCAGUUGGACAGUUCCUGACUGCAGCAAGCCGAAAUUACAAAGAUAUUUCAUAGUCUCGUUUGUAAUGUCUGUUUUUUGGAUUGCUGCACUAAGUUUUGCGAUGGUUACACUGGUCGGCAGAGCCGGGUGCAUAUUAGGAGUAGACAAAUUUACAAUGGGACUGGUAGUGGUUGCAAUUGGAACCAGUAUUCCGGACGCACUGAGCUCGAUUCUUGUAGCAAGAGAUGGGUAUGGUGACAUGGCGGUUUCCAAUGCAAUUGGUUCCAACGUGUUUGACAUCGAUUUAGGUCUCGGGCUUCCUUUUGUCAUAAGCAUACUAAUUAGGAAAAUGAAGCCUGUUUUACUGCUAACACCCAAAGAGGAGGAGGAUUACAAAAGCGGCAAGAUCAUAAUGAUUCCUCACGUGAAGUUUGGCUUUCUUUUGCUGCUUAUUUUAUUGCUGUCAAUAAUUUCAUUUGCAAUAGCAAGAUUCAAAAUGAACAAAAAGUUAGGCAUAGUGUUUGUUAUAUUGUACAUUUGUUUUGUAGCGUAUGCGUAUAUCCAAGAUAUUUAUUGCAAUAAUAAUUGCUAGAUUGUUAAAUUCGUAUGAAGUAAAAGUAUGUAAGAAACAAAAAUUGCUGUAAAUAUCUGAAAAUGCCAAAGAUUAGUGAAUUGUGUAGUUCAUGUGUAGGCGGCAUGUAGAUUAGGAUAGAAGAUAAAAGAUUGUAUUUAUCAAUAGAAAGUACUUUACGACAUCGUUGGUCCCCUAUGGAAUAAUGGGUUGUCCAGUUGCAGCUUUAAUAAUUAACUUGAACCUAAAAGAGUUCAACAUAUCAAGAAGUGCAAAAUAGCAAUAAGUACAACAUAAAUUCCUCAGGAUUCUCGAGAGAAGUCUGAAAAGGCCCAAUCAAUUUUUCUUAAACAACUUAAUAUUGAUGAAUUGAAAAAGAAACGUUUUCCUUUCCUUUUACUGCUUUUAGCUUCACUAUAUGCAAGAUGACAAGUAACCAGCUCUUCUCAAAACGAGAAAUUCCUUAAACCACCUUUCUGCUUUGCAAACUUCAAAAUCUUUUGCAGAAGAUAGUGUAAGUCGUAAUUUAUGUUUAUUUUUAUUGAUACGGCUGGCUCCGUUAUAAACAUAUCUCAUAUUGGACAAAAUCAUUUUCACUUGCACGACAUUUUCAUAUUUAUUUCAUUGGUGUCAAAUAAAGUUGCAGAAUGGACUGAAACGCGAUAAAUUGUUUCCAUCUAGGGUCAAACAAAAUAAGCACAACUUUAUUAAGAUGAUGAAAGAAAUUGAAUUAAAAUUUGGAAGCCCAGACUACUGCAAGUAUUCUAAUAAUGUCACAUUGAGCAAAGAAAAUAAUCUAUUAGGAUAAAAGUAAUGUAAGCAUUAUAUCACGAGAGACCAUUUAACUAAUAAACAUUCGGUAGAUACUCUCUGGCUCUGUACAAUAUACAUCCCCGUUUAGCUCAGAUCGAUGGAAUUUAACGCUUCCUCUUUUUAACCCCUUCUAUUAGAUAAUCAACGGAUUUGGGAAGAAUUUGAUAGAUAAUUAUCGGGUUUAUAAAGUUCAAGAAAGAGAUUAAAUAGCACAAUAUCUAUAUAU